AAGUAGUAAAGCUGCAGACAACGCGAUGAGCAGAUCCCUGUUUCUAAUCCUACUCCUGGGUAUCUCCUGCCUGGAGCUUCACCAGGCUCGCUCUCUGCCGGAGCACAAGCGUCAGAGAUUCGUGCGCAGACGCAUAUCCCCCGACGAUCCCGAUCUGGAGAUCAUCGAGGUCAAGGAGGUGUACUAUGUGCGGCGGCCCAAGAAGGUGGUCGUGCCACUCGAUGAUGACGAAUUGGACUGGAGGAUUCGCUGCGAUUUCGAUCCAAGUCUCGCGGAGUGUGUGGAUUAUGUAAAGAAGCCCGUCGCCGCCACCAGGCCACCCACAACCACAACUACAACCACCACUGCGGCGCCCACCACCACCACCAGCACCACCACAACCACUCGCAGACCCACCACCACCACCACAGAGCCUGCGGAUGAGUCUCUCGAGCGUAGGAUUCGCUGUGAAUUCGAUCCCACAGCAGAGGAAUGUGCACCAUCAACCACUUCUACAACACCAUCAACCACCAGCACCACAACCACUACGGAAAUACCUGUUCCUUCCGAAUCGGAUGACUAUAUACCCAGCCUAGAAGUCACAGAGAAUACUAGAGUUUCUGAUUACGUGGAAGUGGAAGAGAAGGUCUCGGAGGGUACAGAUUCAGAUGAGGAAAUCCCACUGGUAGGCCCCUUCAGCGACGAGGAGCCGGAAGAUCAAGUGGAUCAAGAAGAUCUAGAAGAUCAGGAGGAUGACGCUGAUAUGGAUGCGGCUUACGACCUGAACGACAGCGAAAUGCGCUCAAUUGGCGCACAUGAUGACGGCAACUGGAAUUAGAGCCGAAAUGGAAAGCAGCAAAUGAAAGCAGCAGGAAAUUGCAAUUCGAUUUGAUCUGUUACCUUAAUUAAACGUCAAUAAAAUGGCAAUUGCGGAACUA